CUUUUCCCGCACAUACACAUUUCGUUUUCUUUUAAUCCCACUAGUAUGGAGGCUAAUUCGAUAUCAGACAAAACGCUAGUGGACGCAGCUAUGGCCGGUCCUGGAGUGAAUGGGCACAAAGGUUCUGAGGCGCGUGUGAGCAAUCCAACCAAGGAAGCGUGGAUUCUGCAAUCGCUGCGGAAACGGCGAAGCGAGUUUCUGUCGACAUCGACGAUCCAGGCAUUCGUUGGCACAUGGAACGUCAACGGACAGGCAGCUGCCAGUGUUGAGGAGCUGGCGGAGUGGCUUGGGUUCGUGCCCCCAGCUAAUGCACCUGUGGUAGUGGCAGAGCUUCCUGAGCUCCUGGUACUCGGGUUCCAGGAGCUGGAUGUGCGCGCCGAAGCCUUUGUAUAUAAUAACGCGGUAAAGGACGGGGAAUGGACACAGGCGGUGGAGCGGAGUCUUGGCGAAACCCGGUACUCAUACGCCAAGCUUGCGUCGAAACAGCUCAUUGGCAUGUUUAUUAUGGUGUACGCCCGUAUCGAUGUCAUGGACGAGAUUGUGGAUGUGCAGGCCGCGUCAAUUGGGUGUGGGAUCAUGGGAAUGGUGGGCAAUAAGGGUGCGGUUGCUGUGCAUCUGGUGUUCCGGCAUACUCCCAUCUGCCUCGUAUGCUCGCACCUGGCACACGAUGCGUUGCAGCUGGAGAAAAGAAACGCGCAGUUCCAUGACCUGUGCAAGCGGCUCACAUUCAGUAGCACUGAGGGCGUGCCGGCAGCGGAUCCGCUGGUGCCUGCUAGCCAACAGAGCGUGACUGGAACAGGGGCAGCAGUUGGCCGGCCACUGACUGUAUUCGACCACAGCUAUCUGCUGUGGUUCGGUGAUCUGAACUACCGUCUAGCUGUAGAUACUGGCGACUCGGAAGAGUAUAUUGCGAGGCACGAGUACGAAGCGAUCCUGGGGCUGGACCAGCUCAAGAUCUCAAUUCUGAACAAGCAGGCAUUUGUCGGGUUCGAGGAAGCCAAAGUGGACUUUGCCCCUACAUACAAGUACAUGAUUGGGACCGGGGAGUACGAUGCCAAGCGGCGCCCUGCGUGGUGUGACCGGAUUCUAUGGUGGACGCGGCCAGGGUGCGACGGUGGGGUGCGGAGUCUCUCGUACGAGUCGGUUCCGUCGCUAUCUAUAUCGGACCACAAGCCCGUGCGGUCUAGGCUCGAGCUGGAUGUCUGGAAGGUACAGGAGGAGAAACGGCAAGCAGUGUUCUUGGAAGUGUUGCGUGAGCUGGAUAGAUACGAGAACGAGUGCAUUCCGCUUGCCACACUGGACUCAUCGAUUGUAGACUUUGGGUAUGUGUACUAUGGAAAGCCGGCUAAAGCUACGCUGAAGCUGGCCAACACGGGCCAGGUGCCACUGGAAUUCGGCUUUAUAUCGACACCAGCGCGCGAGCGGAGUGCGCCUGAGUGGCUGCGGAUCUCUCCUGAGAGCGGGAUGCUGCUGCCAGGCGAGCACAUUAACAUGGAGUUCUCGGUGUUUGUCGACUCUGCCACGGCCAUGCCUCUGAGCACGCGCAUUGACGAGCUCAACGACAUUCUAAUCCUACAUCUCAACCGCGGGCGCGAUUAUUUUAUCCAAGUGCAAGGCGACUACAUGUCGUCGGUGUUUGGCAUGAGCAUGGAUGUUUUGGUGCACUGCAAGCGACCAGUGCGCCUAAUGUCGCGCGAGGACUUUGAGGCUUGCCUAGGCUCGGGUCAGUAUAGCGUUCCAGUAUGCAUAUGGACGCUGACAGAUUUCCUGACGAGAUUCGGUAUUGACCGCGGCUACUCGUUGUUCUACUGGAAAGGAGAUAGCGAGUUGGCAUGGAGUGUGCGCGAGUGCCUGGAUACGGGCGAGAAGCUGAACCCGGAUCGCAUUCUGCAGUGGCAGGGCGAAGCUGAGGGCCAUGUGGCGCGGACUGCCAGCGAACCGGUAGGGCUAGCACGUGGUAACACAGCGAACCUGAGCUUGACCGAUCAGACACUAGUGUCAUCAUCCGCCAUGCAGUCAGCGCUAAGUGGGUUUGCGUUGUCGUCGGUUCCCAGUACAGCAGAGGCGCUGGAGCGGCUAACGCUGAAUCCGUGGAGCGCGAUUUCACCGGCACAGAGCCAUCAGUAUGAGCCAGAAGCUACUGAGCAGCAGAAUGAGGAGGUACGGCUUUCGGUGUCGGAUUCAGAUUCUAUCGCCCAGGACCAGAUCCCAAUGCGACCGUCACUGCAGUCUACAGGUGGUGAUGAAGCACUAGCGGGCUCGCCGCUACCAGAGACAAUUGCUGAUGCUGCAAAUAUAGCGCACGAUGUGGGCGUGGAUACUGUGGCCAUGGUACUAGUAGACUUUUUGAAGAGUCUGCCCGAACCAUUGAUCCCUACAGAGAUGUACUCGGCAUGCGUGGAAGCAGGCGGUAUUUCACGUGCUGCAGCGCUUGAGGCGAUGGAGGUACUGCCACCUGGCAACCUGAACGUGGUCGUGUAUCUGCUGGCAUUCUUGCGUGAAGCCGUGGACCAGGGGUCUGUGUCGGCACAGCGGGUUGCCAGUGUGUUUUCCACUGUACUGCUGAGGGCGCCUAGAGAGCGCCACCAGACCCCUGGGGAUAAUGAGAAGGCAGAGAAUUUUGUUAGUUUCUUGCUGAGGUCUCACGGCGAAAUAUAAUUCCAUGCUAGCCGCUGUAGAAAGCAAAGUUGAA